AUGGCCGAAUUCCACAAAGAGUCGCUGACGCUGGAGGAGACGAACCGCGUGCGUAUCUCGCUCGGCCUCAAGCCGCUGGAGGACGAUGGGCCGAAGGAGACAGAGACGGAGGUAUCGGCGCCGGCGCACCAAAAAGAGGCAGAGGACGCGACGCGCGAGCGCAUCGCCAAGGCGCAGAACCGCCGCGCACUGGCGCGCCAGCUGCGUGGGCCGACGCUCGGCGAGGAGGAGCGCGACGAGGGUGCCAAGGCAUGGGUCAAGGCGCAAGGACGGCGUGCGAAGGAGAAUGCCGCGCGGAUCCUCCGGGAAAAAGAGGAGGAGGAAAAGCGCGUCCAGGCCGAGUACUCGGCGGCGGAUCUGCAAGGCCUGCGCGUGGCGCACGACCUCGACGACUUUGCCUCGGGCAACGAGCGUGUGCUUACGCUGCGUGACCAGGGAGUUCUGGAUAAUGGCGAGGACGAGCUGGUGGAUGCGAGUCUGGCACGCGCCGAGCGCGACAGGCAGAACCAGGAGCGCAAGAAAGGGCCCAAGGCCUACACGGGCCUCGACGACGACGAGUUUGAAGAGGGCGGCAAGCGUGGCGGCGUGCUUAGCAAGUACGACGACGACGCGGCGCCCGCGACGAGCUCGACCGACGCAGGUUUCCGCCUCGGCGACGCCGCGUCCACGAGCGAUAUGGCGAAGCGUGCCGAGGCCCGCCAGGCGCAGCAGGCUGCCGCCGAGGCACGGAAUGCACAGAUGACGACGCUCGACUAUCUCAAAAACGUCCCCGUGUCCGACUACGAGGCCGCGGACGUCGGCUUCAAAAAGUCCAAGAAAAAGAAGCGCCAGGCGACGCGUGUCAAAGUCGAGCCGGAGGAGGACGAGGCGCCGAUGCCGGCGGCGCCACAGGCGCCCGCGCCCCGCGAGCGUACCCUGACCGACAACCUCGUCGAUGAUGACGAGCUUGCGGCAAGCCUCGCACGCGCCCGCCGCCAAAAAGCCAAAAAGACCAUCACGCAAAUCACGCCCGAGAUGAUCGCCAAGAACCUUGCCGCGCAGCAGGCCGCCGAGGCCGCCGAGCCGCAAGAGGAGGGCAUGACGUUUGACGAGACGUCCGAGUUUGUGCGCCAGAUUGCGCAGCGUCCGGCAGAGGAGAAGAAGGAGGACAGUGUCGAUGCCUCGUCGCUGCUGGUGCCGGAGCCGAUGGAGGCAGACGAGGCAGAGGCACGCGAGGCGCCGCCCCAAGAAGCGCCGGCAGACCACUCGCAAGAGGACGUUCCGACCGAGGCCGAUGCGCACGCCGACGCGCCCGACACGCCUGCCGGCAUUCCCACCGAAGAAGAAUGGAGCGAGCUCGCGACCGAGGCGGCGCCGGACGAUCUCGCGUCCGGCGGCGUUGCUGGCGCGCUGCGUCUCCUGCGCAGCCAAGGCGUGAUCGAGGAGGCGACGCCCGAGCAGCGCGAGCGCGAAAAGAAGCAGCUGCACUACGAUGCAUGGGUCGCCGCGCAGAAAAAGGCGGACAAGCAGCACGAGCAGGAGCUGCUUGCCUCGCGCAGCGCGCCCAAGGACCAGGCGACGCGCGAGCGCGAGAACCGCAUGCGUGAGAAGCGCGAGGCGCAAGAGGCCGCGGACCGCUUCAAGGAUUAUACCCCCGACGUCAAGUUGGAAUACCACGACGAGUUUGGGCGCACGCUCUCGCAAAAGGAGGCCUGGAAGCGCCUCUCGCACGUCUUCCACGGCAAUGCACCGGGGUACAAGGCGCAGGAGAAGCGCCUGCGGCGCAUUGAAGAGGAGCGGCGUAGGGAGCGCAUGCUUGCGGGCGACACGAGCGCCAUGACCCAGGCCUUCCAGGAGCGCUCGGCGCGCACCGGACAGGCGCACAUGGUGCUGAGUGUCGGCAACAAGGACCAUGCGCCGCAGGAGAUCGACUUGCUUGGCCGCGAGCGCGAGGCGCAAAUUUCCAAGCAGCCAAAGGCGGCCAAGAAGGAGACGGGCAAGGGCAAGCGCAAAGCCCAGCCAGGUGCCUCGCCGUCGGGCCCGCCGCCGGGCCUCGCUGCGCCGCCCGCCGAGGCGCCCGAGGCGCCCGAGGCGCCGAAGCCGACCAUGAAACCUGCGUUUGCGCCCAUCUCGUCCAAGCCCGGGUUUGCGCCGGUGUCCUCUGCGCCCGCGUCCUCCUCGGCGCCCGAGGCCCCCCGCGAAAAGAUCAAGAUCUCGUUGGGAAAGCGCAAAGCGCCAUAG